UAAUUAAUACUGAGCAAAAUAAUACUGGAAGAGUGCUUUAUUAAAACAUUUUCUAGUCGCUAAGUUAUGUAUAAAUAAAGGAAGGUCAUUCCAAUAGUAACAUCCAAUAACAGUGGGGCAAAAUUUCCUUAUAUUUAUUUAUUAUACUUAUUUAUCCUGUGAGUAAUGUUAUACCUGCCAACUUGGAGGCCUUGAGCAUGAGUCUCACGCAUGUUGGGUCAAAAACUUUAAUCUCUCUCCCCCUCAAGCCUAAGGACCUAAGUCUGACACUACCUAGCUGAACAACUUGAGCUAUUACAGCUAAACUUACACACUUUCAAAGAACAUAUUUUAACUCAAACCAAUAGAAGAAAGAAAAGUCCAUUUAAAUGAUGUACCACUUUCCCCAAUUCUCCGAUUUUCAAGAGAAAAGUCUGGCAACCACGCUAUUUUAGAUGAAACACAACCUGGGACUGGGACCAGAAAAAUAUGUUCAAAGAAGUGCUCCAACAAUACACCGACGCACCAGUGAAUCGCGAUAUUUUUUGGCACGAUACAAAUAUUAAUAUUAUGACAAGAUAUCACGAUAUUAUGAUAUUGAUAUGUAUUAUGAUAUUAUGAUAUUGAUAUUUAUUCUUCAUGAAUAAAAAAUUCAACAUUCAGAAAUAACUGUCUUUUAUGACUCCUUACCCAAGUCCUUUCAGAGCUAAGGGACCCGGGAAAGAGAAAAAAAAGUUCCAUCUUUGCUUUGUAUUGCUUUGCUCAGGUCACGUAUCUUUCAAGAUGGCAGCAAAAAAGCAUGCGCAGUUCCAAUUAGUUGUCAGCUGACACAGUCUUGUGUGCCUACAGACAAAACACAUGGUUUGUCCAUUCUUUGCAGCUCUUCUACAAGAUCGUCUCAAGAAAUAAUGAUUUCAAAACAGUUAAGUCGAGGAAAAGUACAUCAUAAAGGAAGACGGCGCCAUUUUACUGAUGCAGAGGAACUGCGGAUGGAGAUGGAAAGAGAAAAGCGGGAACAGGAGUGGAGGGAGAAGAAAGAAGGUGAAGACUCAGAUGAAGAGGGUAAAAAAGGUGCAGCUGCUGCUGAUAAACCUGCAUCUGACAGUGACGAGGAUUCAGAGAGUGAUGAAGAGGAGGUGAAACCCAAAGGUGUAAGUGGUCUUAUAGAAAUAGAAAACCCCAACAGAGUGGCUCAAAAAAUGAAGAAGGCAUCAGACGUACAACUAAAUGAUGAUACCAGCUCACAACUAUCUCGGAGAGAAAGGGAGGAAAUUGCCAGGCAACGUAAUGCAGCACGGCAAAGAAAACUUCAAGAGGAGGGCAAGACAGAUCAGGCUCGAGCUGACCUGGCACGACUAGCAGUUAUUAGGAAACAGAGAGAAGAUGCAGCUAAGAAAAGAGAGGAACAGAAAAAAGCGAAAGAAGCUGCUGAGGCGACAAAAAACACAAAGCGAUAACAGAUGGUAAUAAAGGCCCAGCUGUCUCUCUUACGGAUAAUUCAAGCAUGCAGAACUGAAUAGGCACGAGCGGACACUGUAGUCGGGGAUAAUGUUAUAUUUCAUAUACAGCAACAGAUUGUAACCAUUUCCUUGUAAAGCUGCAUAUACAUUGAAAUGCUCCCUUUACUACAAAUUCCUAGAGUUUUUUUAAAGUAAUUUUUGAAAUCUUAAUGUUGGUUUACCUAAUGAUACAUCCAAUAGGAAACCAAAGCACAGAAAGCAGCCGAGUUAUCAUGUGCCGGUAAACUGGCUACACAUUUGUUGUUUCUUUCAUUGACUGAGAAGUGUGGAAAACCAACAAAAAGAUAUUUUGAGGUUUUGGACUCUAAUUGGCUGAGAAGUUUGGAAAAGUAACAAGAAGAUGUCAGAGAUGUGACAGGUGUAACUGGACUCUUUCAUUGGCUAAGAGGUGUUGAAAACCAACAAAAAGAUGUCACAAACGUUGCACCUGGGGUUUUGGACUCCAAUUGGCUGCGAAGUUCGGAAAACCAACAAUAAGAUGUUGGAGAUGUGACAGGUGUAGUUGUGGACUGUUUCAUUGGCUGAGAAGUGUGGAAAACCAACAAAAAGCUUUUACGAAAGUUGCACCACUUGGAUUUGGACUCUAAUUGGCUGAGACGUUUGGAAAAGAAACAAACAGAUUGCAGAAAUGUGGCACUUGUAGUUGUGGACUCUGAUUGGCUGAGUUGUGUGGAAAACCAACAAGAAGAUGUCAAGGGCACAUCACAUUUCUCGGUUGUCUGUUUCUUAGCUUUUAUUUUGGGAUUUCACGCAACGCCUGUGAGAGAGGCUAAUGUCAUAUCUUCUAACAAUGUGCAACCAUGACAUAGUGAAUACACUUUCCAGAGAUCACACAGAGCUAUGUUGUGUCCAAAGUAUUUGCUAUAUCUUUGCGAUAUCGUUUUCCUUAGACCAUCUAACCGGAAUACCGUAUUUUCUCGAAUAAUAGCCAGGGGAAUACGAAUAUUUUUGAUUUUCUCACUUAAAAUAAUCACAUCAUAUCAUGUAAACUGAACAGGGGCAUUCUAAGUGACUAGUUUUCGUUAUCCAUAUUUCCGGCGGUAGAGUUCAACCUCAACUGCUAUGGUUAUGUGUACAAAUAGAUUACUUAUUCAAGGACGUUGGUGAACGCUAGGUUAGUGGGGGACGGGGUCCAUUAUUCAAGGGUGUGUAGGGAUUAUCUCAAAUAAUCCCCGCUUAGAGAAGCAAUUAUUCGAGGGGCUUGACUGAUCGAGAGGCGGCAAUUAUUCGAGGAAAUACGAUACUUUUUACCAAUAGUUUCAUGACUUUAAAUAAAGCAGACUUAAGUUGUGGUUGCAACUUUCUUAGCGAGUGUAUUACUAUAUCGGUUUGCACUUGUUUUUUUCAAGCUGUUGAUACCAAGUUGAACAUAACUUGUACCACAUGACAACAAAUCAGUGAAUUUGCACUUCAAGUGUUUUGCAGUAGCUGGCUCAAAACCGGAUUACGAGAAACGAGCGCGCUUUAGUUGACAAGUUCUGCGACUUUCAGAGAUUUCCAUGAGGGAGAGUUACUGCGACAAUAUUAUUGAAAUAUUAAAAAUAUAGGAAAAGCUCGCGAAAA